AUGCUUGCGAAGGACAGGAACACGAUCAUCUCUGUCAUUGGCGCUUCUGUUCUCAUCUACAAGGUGGUUUCACGUCUGUGGAGUUAUUUCCGUUCUCGCUCGCAUGACUUCAUCCCAGUCGGUGUCGUGAAAGAACUCUAUGUGUAUCCGAUCAAGUCUUGUAAAGGAAUCAGCGUGUUUUCCUUCUUUUGUCAUCGACUUGGCCCGGUCUUCGGCGAGAAUUUCGAUCGAUACUUCAUCGUGAUUUGCGGGAAAACCGGCCGAUUGCACUCAGGUCUGCGCACCGAUGGUCUAGACUGUGGCGAUGAAGCUGCCGAGUUCUUCUCUAAAGCUAUUGAAGAGUCAGACGUUCGACUACUUAUGUACACUGGAGGCUUAUUCAACGAGAGAACUUGCAUCCCGAAUCCUGCAUGGUGGAACAAUAACGUUCCGAAAAGGAUAGAUAAUUGCGCGUACGCUGACCUAGCGCCAUAUAUGCUGACGACACAGGCUUCGCUGGACGACCUUAACUCAAAAUUGGAAAGCGAUGUGUCCAAUUUGAAUUUUCGUCCGGUCAUUGUUGUGGAUAAGUGCGAGGCUUGGGAUGAAGACAAGUGGUUAGAUCUUCAAAUAGGCGCCGUCCGCUUGCAAUGUUUUAAACCCUGCACAAGAUGCAUUCUGACCACCGUCAAUCCAGCAACUGGCAGUAAGGAUGGUGGAAUGCAACCACUGAAGAAGUUACGACAGUUCCGUUUAGCACCAGAGGGUCGGAUGCGCGAUCAGUUUAAAGAUUCCCCCAUUUUUGGAGUAAAUGCCGGAGUGGACAAGCCGGGCUACAUCCAUGUGGGCCAAACCGUCUAUGCACGCUACAAGAAGUCUCCAUUUUGA